AUGAAGAACAAGCGCGGCAAGGUGGUCACCAAGAAGCAGCACGCCAUUGGCAAGGCGUUGUUCAAGAAGACCGGCCAGCGAUGGCUCGAGGCGAGCAUGACGGCCAGGAAGGAGUUGGGAGUCAAGGGCUUUUGUGCCAUUGGCGGAAAGAGCGCUCAGGGCAAGGCGCUCUAUAUGCCAAGGCCAAGUCGCUGUACGCGGCUUGAGUCCCGCAUUAACGGGCACAGGAUUGCGCCUGCUUUCGUGGUAGUUCACGGAGCGUGCGCGCCUCGCACAAGACGAGCUUGCAGGUGCCACUGA